AUGUCCUCACCAACCACAACAAACUCAGUUGAAGCGGGAGGGCGAGUGUAUAAGCGCCGGCCUGGCGCAUGCGAGACAUGCAAGAUCCGAAAGCGAAAGUGUACGUCAAGUUACUCAGAAUCUUCGAUGAAUACCCUGGAUGUCGUCUUACAAUUUUUAGGCGAUGGAGGCAGGCCAAGCUGCGAAAAGUGCCUCGGGCCGAUCGAGCCAAAGCAGUAUUAA